AUGGCCUCCUUUGUUUCUUCCGUCACUUUCAGUUUUGGUUCGGAUGCGCGGGUGACUCUCCCUGAGUCCCUGCUUGCCAGUCCGCCAGCUGGAGGGAUCACUUUUGAUUCCUUCACGGACUCGGCCUUCGUCACUGUUGGCGGGCCGACCCCGGCAGAGGCUGCUCCUGUGCGCCCUGUGGCUAAGCAACCAGUGCCUAGGCCACUCACCAUUCCACCAGUUCAUCCUGCGGUCAGGCGUCCAGUGCCUACUACUCUUAUUGCGCAGGUUUCUCUGGCCCCUCAGCGCCGGCAGCCUGCUGCAGUUGUUCCACCCGUUCGUCCAGUGGUUAGGCGACCCGUGCCUGUCGCUCCUAUUGUACAGGUUACUCUAGCCCCUCAGUGCUGGCAACCAGCUGCAGUUUUUCCCCCCAUCUGUCCAGCGGUUAGGCAACCCGUACCUGCCGCUUGUGUUGCACAGGUUGCUCUAGCUCCCCAAUGUCGGCAGCCUAUCAUUGUUGUUACUCCCGUUGUUCCGGUGGAAGUACCUCGAGUUCAUGUUCCCCCUCCCACUUCCACUAGGAAGAGGGGUUCCCAGACUGAGGUGCCUUCGCCCUCUUCUGGUCGGAUUUUUGUUUUUGUUCGGCUCUCUCACCCUGAGACCGCCGGGCAGACCCCGACACUUCUAGUUGUCCCUGUUCCCCCUGCCACCUAG